ACUUUCUUGUCCAGUGACUAUUUUUACGUUUUGUUGAUUUAAAGUCCUUUUGAAGUUUUCCUUGUUGUUUUUGGUUAAUUUAUGGAGUAUUAUUGCAAGAGGACCUAAUCGCGGGAUAAUGGAGAAAGGCUGAACGGCAACAGCUGGAAUUUUAUCAUCGAAACGUAUAUUUUUUGCGCCGAACGCCAUGUGAACAUCUUACAAAGAGGAUGUACUUGUAUUCAAAAUGUCCAACUGGAAUAAUCGUCUGGUUUUACACACUAUUUCUACAAGCUAUUUUGAUUAACACAGACAGGAACAUUCAAAGGAUCACGACCAGCUCUCGUCGCAAAGAAUUUGAGCUGUGUAAAAAGGGCGAAACGUUACGGAAUCAUGCUUUAAAAGGUGGACGAAACGCCGGAGCAUAUUAUAACAUAGGGAAAGCGAGAACUUUUCGAAAGUGCAUAGACUUGUGUUGUUCAGAUGAUGACUGUAGCCUAGCAUUACAUAUCAAGAAUAAUUGCUACUCCGUGGAAUGUACAAGUGCACAAUUAUGUAAACCUAUUAAAGUACACAGAGCUAUAAAACCAUCGAUUUUUCGUCGAUAUAGAGCUACUGUUAAUCAUGGUCGUGAUACUUCAUUACCGCUUCCUGAUCUCGCAGGAUCAAAUGUAACCUUGAAGCGAGAAAAAAGGUUUGGAUUCUGCCAAGCAUACGCUGGAUCAAUAUGUUCAAAAUAUCUUGAUCCAAACAGACUUGUUUACUAUGAUGAACCACCAAAGGCUGUGGAAAAGCGGCUUUCGGGACCGCUCACUGUUAUCCAAGGCCGUUUCAAAUCCCAUUGCAAGAAGUUUGCAUUGCCAGCCUUGUGUUUGACUUCUUUUCCUUAUUGUGAUCCGAAACCACAUCCUCAGCCUGUGAGACUAUGCAAGGAUGAUUGUGAAGAGCUGUACAGUGGAGUUUGUAAUCAUGAUUUUAACCUCGCCAAAAGAGUCGCAAAGAAGUAUCCGCCUUUGCUGAAGAUCAUUCCAGACUGCGCAAAUUUAACUGUCCCAAUUAACAAAGGAGAUGAUUGUGUGAAGCUUGGAUUGGACGAAGAUGAUGACAAAGUUUCGACUGAUUCAAGUACUCUGGAAACUAUUCAUGCUGAAAGCGACAGUACAAUUCCGCCUGAGAAGUCAUCGAGCUUUCAUUCAACCCCUACACCAAGUGAAGCACCGUUAACCAAGUUUCGUUCAUCAACUAUGAAAACAACAUCAGCAAUCACGUCUCCAUUUCAGCCUUCUCAUUCAAGCGCAGACGGUCUCAACUUUGAAGUGAAAGACGACAGCGACGAAUCUCCUUCAACACUGAGAACAGUCAAACCUAGUUCCGACAAAGAACUUCCUACAAAAGCCCACUCUACUGACUCAAAAAUCAUUCCUAGCUUUAUUCAGACCACACAAUCACAGGAUAAUAAUGAUAAUAUAUCUUCUAAUAUUAAUACCCAAAUAUCUUUUCAAAAAUCAACGAACACUCCGUUUAACACAACACGAAAUUCCGAAGGAAAAACAACGCAUAUUUUGACGACGGUUUCGCCAACAACUGUCACUCCAUCUUCACUUCUUUCCAGUGUCUUCAUGAAAGAAAAGCAAACGAAAUUAAUAGAGUUUGAUAAAGAUGAAAAUGGACACAACGGUUCAGAUAACACUAGCAUACAACCUACAGUUGUGAAUACGAAUGAUAGCACCAGUGAAAUUGAUUUCGAAACGAAAGAUACGAAAAGCCACAUCGUAUCAACUUCAGGACACACCAAGGCGCCGACUAAAGGCUCCGUCGUACGUUUGCAAGUUUCGACAGUGGGUGAUAAAGUGAUAACGCUUCCAAAAGAUACGGCAAGUCUAUAUGCAAGCGCUUGGCCAAAGGAAACCUCAGCUCAUCCAUAUUUGUACCAAUGGCUCCAGAUCUCGUCUCCAGAGAAAAGUCAUGGCUAUAUGGAGGGGAAAAGCGCUCAAAGAGUUGUUCUUAGUCAGUUGAAAAAACCAGGUGUUUAUCAAUUGGAGGUGAUCGUUCGUAGUCCGCAUUACGCCUAUGGCAACGCUUUUGUGAACGUUACAGUGGAGAAACCGAAACGUGUGAAUAAGCCUCCAAGAGCCGACAUUUCUCCCAAGGAACAGUCCAUAACUCUUCCCACAAACGAGGUGGUUUUGGAUGGAUCAAAGAGUUCCGAUGAUGAUAAGAUUGUGGAGUAUAAAUGGCAGGAGUUAAAAGGUCCUUUGAUUGAAAAGAACAAGAUUAUAAAGUCCGGAGUGGACACUCCAGUUCUACAAUUGAAGUCCCUGUUGCCUGGUGUCUAUACAUAUAAACUGACUGUCAAAGAUGCGGACGGUGAGACUGACUCAAUCACAGCGACAGUAACUGUUAACGCGGAGAAAGAUUAUCCUCCUGUCGCUAGAGCUGGGAAUGAUGUGGUUAUCACACUUCCUGAAAAUUAUGUUACUUUGUAUGGGAAUGGAAGCACGGAUGAUCACGGCAUAAAAACAUACGAAUGGAGCAAAAGCCCACUGAGUCCAGCUUGUGAUAUGCAGGGAAGUACGGGUCCGGUACUUCAUGUUUCUAACAUGAUAGUGGGCGAUUAUUCUUUCACGCUCAAAGUGACCGACUCUGGGGGACAAAGUUCCGAGUCUAAAGUGACGGUGGUAGUACGGCCUGAAAAAAAUUCUCCUCCAGUGGCAAAAGCCGGAGACGAUAAGGAUCUUGUGAUUCCUGACGACAGCACGACGCUGAGUGCUAGAGAGAGUAAUGAUGACCAGGAGAUAACUAGCUACAAAUGGGAGAAAAUAAGCGGUCCUUCAUCAGUGGUUAUGACAGGAGCAAACAAGAUGGUUCUGAACUUGUCACAGUUAAAAGAGGGGCACUACAAGUUCAAGUUGACUGUAACAGAUAACAAGGGUCUCACAGGGACUGAUACAGUGUCUGUUAAUGUCAAGAGAGACGGAAACAAACCUCCACGAGCCAACGCCGGCCCGGAUGUCUUUGUUAAGCUUCCAAAUCGUGCGGCCGCUUUGGACGGCUCGAGGUCUUCUGAUGACUAUGGAAUAAUUAAGUACACAUGGAUACGAGACUUCAAAAGCCCUGCUGCUGGUGAUGUGAUAAAUGGCAGCAACCAUCAGCCUGUUUUAAGGCUCUCAAAUCUUGUCAAAGGUGUCUACAAGUUCCGAUUAACUGUGGCAGACGCCAAAGGAUUAGAAUCUCAUGAUGAAGCUAAAAUAAUCGUCAAAGAAGACGAAAACAGUCCAAAUCUGGUCGAACUUUACCUUGAUGUCGACGUGACGUCUUUCACUGAAGAAAACAAGCGUCAACUGGUUAGAAAACUUGCUGUGACUCUUAAUGCACAAGACAAGGAUAUCAUUAUUGAACAUAUUCAGCCAUCCGGCCGUGGAAGAAGUUUGGUGAUAUUGUUCUAUGUACGAGACAGCUUAAUACACCAGCCGAGAAAUGGCAAGGAUAUCGCUUAUUUGUUGAGACAAAAACUCAACGACAAUUUUUUUGAAUUCAGAAUGCAAGAAGUUGAGCCUUACGUUUGCAGAAAUAAUUGUUCGGGACAUGGAGUUUGCGACCAACACACGAAACAAUGUAUAUGCCAAAGUUUCUGGAUGCAAGAUCCUUUUAAAGCAAGCUUUGGGCUUCGUGAAAGCAACUGCGACUGGAGUAUUCUUUAUGUGACGGUGAUAAUCUUCGCCGUCAUCGUAGCGAUUGUCGGAAUCACAUGGGGCGUUUGUUUCUGCAUGGGCAGAACAAGGAGUCGUAGACGGAAGCAUCAGUAUUCCAUCAUUGGUGAUGAGGAUAGUGAAGAUGCAAAAAAUGCGACAAUGGAACUAUUUCCACGAGAUAAAUUUCUCAACUCGAGCAUAAUGAGUGAGACAGAUAUGGAUUCGGACGAGGAGACUUUGUUCGAAAAUCACAAACCUUUUAAACCAGGAAGGACAUCUCAAAUGAACGGAAUGAUUAAUGGCGGGAAAAAGAAAAAUCAUCACACCUGACCGUUAUUAUAUAUUUUAGACGAGAAAUUAAAUUAAGGAUGAGAUUAACAAUUAGUUAUAAUAAAAUUAUUUAAAUGAAAUUAUAUUGUAAAAAUAAUAUUAAUUUCUAUAAAAACCCCAAGACUUUGGUAAAUAUGCGGGGUUCUACAGUUAAUCGUAUGAAAGUUUCUAAGCUUUUGAGCAACAAACCUUUUAAUCAGAGCAUGAAUAUUAAUUAAUAAUCACUCUAAGAAAAUUUCCCGAAGAGAUUGUUUUCACCUCCCAAUGAGGCA